AUGAAGGUCAUUGAGAAGGACAGCGAUAGGAAGGCCCGGGUCAACAUUUACACCGAGGGCGAAGUUUCGGCGCUGAAAGAGUAUGGUGAAUAUAUCGAUCGAACAGACAAAGCGAUAUGUUGCUAUAUACCACUUGAUGAGGGCCAUAAGCCUCGCAUCGGAGGCCGGUUCUGGGGCACGACUCUCGCUGUGGCCUACGAUACUAUUGUGGAUGGAGUACUCCGCAAGGCCAGUUCGUAUGCGGCCAAGGCGGUAAGCCAUCAGCACAACAAGAAGAUCGACACAGAGAGGUUUCUAUACAAGACUACAAAAGGAAUCAUCGAUACCGACAUCACGGUGGCUCCAAUUGUGGGUGUUACCACGAUACAAGGCGAUGCGCCUGAGACUAUCGGGACCAUUGAACUACGUCUUUACGUUACCCGACAACUGGGAGUUUCGCAUGAUAUUGGUGAAGUAAAGAAGUACUACAGCGUUGGAGGCAACACCGAGGAUGGAGAAGUCCAUGAUACCGAGCAGAGAGUAAGCUAUAAGCUCAUACCUCCGGCUUUCAGAAUGUCGUUCGAGAAGAACAGUGCUCUUCUGGGGGAGAGGCAGCCGAGCCUUCACCGGCGCAGGGCAGAUGCGAAGCGUCCAGGAACAGAGCCCUGGGCGAUCUUUCGUUUCCAUUAUCGAACUGAAGAAGACAUUAUGAAGCGAAACCUGGUUAUGACGUAUGAUCCUGACAGCAAAGAGAAGACGGAACCGCGUAUUCUAUUGCUAGAUCCCGCAACCCCUCUGCGAUUAGGUGAAAAGCCGCUUAAGAACGACGGAGAUGCUUCGUCUCGAUCAUCAUCCCCAAUGCCUCCUGGUACACCUUCUACUCCAGUAAAAGGCGUACAGCCAGUUUCUGAAAUCUCCAUCCCCACCAAUAAGAAGCCUGGACUCAAAUCAAAGUCAAUCGAAACUACGAAGAUGGUUUCUCCUACAGACCAAGCAACUGCUACUCUCUUAGCGAAGUCUACCACCACAGAAGAAAGGAAGAUACCCACCAGCGGGGAUAUUGAUAGCGUCAUCUCUACCUCCACUGCCAAUAGCGGUAGUGAUGGUUUUGCCGACAAUGUCGUUGAUACAUCUUCUGAGCCGGUAGCUGACAAUACCACCAAAGUACCCAGCCUCCCAGAUCUCAAGACCAAACCCACAGGUGUACACUCAGAGACAUCCGCAAUCGCAGCCAGAGCGACGGUCACAAAGCUUCCGCAGUCGCCUGUUACUCCAGCCAAGAAACCAAUCGCAAAGCCAGCGCUUAUCAGCACCGCCACUGUCAAUGAUCAGAAGAAACAAGAUAGACCUCCCAGCGUAGCUGUACCGGUCAAGCGUCAUUCCCCCACUACAAACGGCGCAACACCCGAGCCGAAGCGUACGAAGGUCACCUCAACGUCACUUUCGCCUCCUGCCCAGCCUACAGUCCCACGAAUUCUCCCACGAUCAUCUACACCGAAGACCAUUUCGAUCGAGCACCAGCUUGCGGACCAGCGUAAGAAGCUCCAGGAAAUGCGCAAGAAGCGUGUAGAAAUCGCCAAGAAGCAGGCUGGAAUCGACGAGCAAAUGAGUCCGUAUAAGCAACGUAUGGCCGAGGAGCUGGACCGUCUCAGCCGAGAGAUGAUGGAGGAGGAGAGCGCAUAUACUGAGGAGGCAGAACACUACAGUGUUAGUGUCGAAAUUCUCCGGGAGUUCAAGAGGACGGAUGGUGGCCGGUAG